AUGGAUGAUACAAAGCCAUGGGGUUAUAGAUGGAGAUCAUCUCGACUUUUGGUGGUUUCAUCCAUCACUGUCGCUUUAUUCGCAGAGACAUUUCUCUAUGGGUUUCUUACUCCAAUCUUGAGUUAUAUGCUUGAAGAACGACUGGGGCUUGAUCCAUCACGAACUCAAACAUACACCACAGCGUUACUCACCACCCAUGGAUUCAUCGGUCUCAUCUCUGCUCCGAUUGUCGCUCAUCUUGCCGAGAAGACCUCGAGCCAAAAGAAACCACUAUUGAUUGCUCUGGCAGGAUGCUUUAUCGGAACUCUUAUGAUAGCUCUUGCUCCAUCUGUCUGGGUCCUCUUCGUUGGUCGCAUCCUGCAAUCUAUGGCAGGUGCCGGCACUUGGGUGGUUGGAUUUGCUCUAUUGGCAAACAAUGUAGACAAGAAGCACCUCGGACAGUCGAUGGGGAUGGCCAUGUCGUUUGUAACUGCAGGUAUGGUCGGCGGACCAACAGUGAGUGGCGCAUUGCUCCAGUUAUUCGGCUACUGGGCCGCCUGGUCACUUCCCUUGGUCGUACUUGUCUUGGAUAUCAUUGCUCGCUUGGUCAUGAUUGAACCAAGCCGUGUCUCCGCAAAGAAAAUUGAGUCUCUGAGCAAACCUGCUGGGACGUCAUUUCUCAGCACUGACGGAACGCCGGAGGAAUCCACUGCUCUGCUUCCUGAUGCACCGUCUACCGUCAAGCCGGAUGACUGUGGAGCGGAGCACAAACGUGACCUCAAACACGAAUACUAUAGAGUCAUGCUCUCUGAACCCCGUGUUUUGACUGCAUUGGCCAAUGUUGUUGUUGUCUCCUCUCUCAUGUCCGGCAUUAACAAUACCCUCCCUGUCCACCUGAGACAAGCAUUUGGUUGGAAAAGUCUGCUUAUCAGUAUGAUGUUCUUCUGUCUCCAAGUCCCGAAUAUUGUGCUCAGUGGCCCAUCUGGAUGGCUUCGUGAUCGAAUCGGAAUCCGGGGACCUACCGUGUUCGGUUGGGUUACUAUGAUCCCUCUAAUCUUGCUUCUGGGAAUGCCUGGAGACCCCCACUUCCCAUGGGCUGCUGGGGAUGCAGCUGGUAAAUCUAUCUUUACCAGUAGUCUGAUUGCUUUGGGUAGUAUUCUACCUCUUGUGCGCGGUGUAGGGGCCGUACAACUGGCCUAUGUGGUCAAAGAUAUGGAAGCUAAAGAUCCGCAUCUAUUCGAGGCCAACAGAAGCAACCUGCGAGUCUUUUCCAUGACUGAAGUGGGAUAUAGUCUCGGUAUGAUGUUCGGACCUAUGUUGACUGGCUCACUAUUUGAAGGAGUUGGCUUCUUCUACAUGACUGUGGCACUAGCUAUUACCUGUCUCAUCCAGGCCGUGGUUUCCUGGAUUUGGCUGGAUACCUUGCCGGAACCCGAAGCUCCUGAAGCCUCAGUUUAA